AUGUUUUCCUCCGCAUCAUCCAAAGAAAACCCGGACGAAGUACUCAAGAACUUUGUUUCUAAGACACCGAAUACGCGAUACACUUUCGACAGUGAACGAGACGCGCCUGUAUCUGAAAUAUGUCGUGAAAAUGGUCCACAAAGUCGGGAAUGCAUUCAGAUACGGAUGAACUCCAAACGAAUGUUUGAAGCAAUGCAGUCUUUGGGCUUUUUCUGUGCUCUUCCCAUCGACCCAGGUAAAACGUAUAUGGAGUGCAAGCCUUUACCUAAGUAA